UUAGGAGUCCUAAUUAGGAGUAAUUUGUUUUGUACACUUUUUGUUAGGAUUACAUGCUCCGAGUGUUUUUAGUUAACCUUAGACUUAGAUGUUACACUUAUUCGACCCAACGGCCCCUUCGAUGUUAAAAGAACUACAGAUUACCAUUGUCGUUAUACAUUUUGCGACUAAAAUGACAGUAAGUAUUAAACAUUGCUGGACUCACGCAGUAUGUUUCCUCACUUAGUACCACAACACACCGGAGGAUGGAGCCAGCAUGAGCGUCUAGAAAACACCGCCACCGCUGAGCGUAAAAGGGGCGUUUCAGAGCUUGGCAACAUCUCUCUCUUGGCGGUGCCAGGUGUGUUCAAACCUGUAGCAGACAAACGUUCGCAGAUGUCUUUCGGCUCAGUCACCAAGGGCUGGAUCUCAAAUACUUCAACCGCCUACCGGUGAUCGCUGCCGCCCCUCGAUUUUCAGCCUGCCCACAGGUAUGUGGGAUUUCUCGUUGACGCACUACAUUUCGCCGACAGACUCUCCACACUCAACCACCGAGUGAGUGAAAUCCUCUCUGUUUACAUUUUGUUUUUGACUCGGGAGCCUUCUUCAGGGACCAAGCAAAGCGCAGAUACGGCUCCAGUGUAGCGAUGGAGAGCAUAAAACCUGAUUUGUUCCGCUUUUAACCAUCUCGCUGCUAUCAACUCUGCUGUUUUACGCACAAGCAGCGCUUGGAAUUACUGCAACCCAGGCAACUGUGCGCACACCGGAGCGUAAGCCCGUGGAAUGACAGAGCUCAGCGGCAGAUUCACUGGUGAAAAGCAGCCUCAUAAAUGCCAGGAAGAUGAAAUCCCCAGCAUGUCGGGAGAAUAACUCAGGAGGGUUUAUCAGGCCGCGUCACUCCGCGUUCAUUUAACAAGCAAGUCGAGGCGACUGUAACCACUUCGAUUGUUGAUUAUUCGAAAAGGGAGUAACCAUGUCCAGAACACUGAAGAAGAAGAAACACUGGUCCAGUAAAGUGGUGGAGUGCGCUGUGUCAUGGGGGAACCUGGGAGACUUUGGCUCCGUGGUGGAGGUCCUAGGAGGAGCAGAGCUGGGACAGUUCCCCUACCUGGGCCAGAUGAAGCUGGACGUGCUGGUGUGUCACAUCGGGAAGCUGCCCUACUACGGCGACGUUUUGCUGGAGGUGAACGGGACGCCCGUCAGUGGACUUACAAAUCGUGACACCUUGGCUGUCAUACGCCACUUUCGAGAGCCUAUUCGCUUGAAGACGGUCAAACCAGGCAAAGUAUUGAACACGGACCUGCGCCACUACCUCAGUCUGCAGUUUCAGAAGGGCUCGCUGGAUCACAAGCUCCAACAGAUCAUACGGGACAACCUCUACCUACGCACAAUCCCCUGUACCACACGACUUCCUCGAGAUGGGGAGGUUCCAGGAGUGGACUACAACUUCAUCAGUGUUGGAGACUUCAGGAUACUGGAGGAGAGUGGACUUCUUCUGGAGAGCGGAACCUAUGACGGUAACUACUAUGGGACCCCAAAACCCCCUGCGGAGCCUAACCUAGUGCAGCCUGACCUGGUGGAUCAGGUGCUGUUUGAUGAAGACUACGGUGGUGAGGUCCCCAGGAAACGCACCACCUCAGUGAGUAAGAUGGACAGGAAGGACAGCGCAGUCCCUGAGGAGGAAGAUGAUGAUGAGAGGCCACCGCUGGUCAAUGGAUUGCCUGAUCACAAAGAGGGGGCAGACUGGAGGAAAGCAGUGCCCAGCUAUACCCAGUCCAGCAGCACCAUGGACUUCCGCACAUGGAGCUCUCUCCCCCGCGAUGACAGCCUGGAGCCCCUGCCCCUUAACUGGGAGAUGGCUUACACUGAGACCGGCAUGGUCUACUUCAUCGAUCACAAUACCAAGACGACCACAUGGCUGGACCCCCGCUUGGCAAAGAAGGCGAAGCCCCCUGAGAAGUGUGAGGAUGGAGAGUUACCUUACGGCUGGGAGGAAAUUGACGAUCCACAGUACGGCACAUACUAUGUUGACCACAUCAACCAGAAAACCCAGUUUGAGAACCCAGUCCUGGAGGCCAAAAAGAAGCUGAGCCAGGAGACGGCUGCGAUUCAUCAAGCUGCAGCAACAUCCUCCCAAGGUAAGGGAGGUGUGUCAGGCUUCACUGCAGACCCCAGCCAACUGAAAGGUGAGAUGUAUCACACAGCACUGAAAAAAGGCUCCCAGGGAUUUGGAUUCACCAUCAUCGGAGGUGACCGCACAGAUGAGUUUCUGCAAGUGAAAAAUGUACUCGGCGAUGGCCCUGCUGCCCACGACAACAAGAUGGCAUCUGGUGAUGUCAUUGUUGAGAUUAAUGGGAUGUGUGUGCUGGGGAAAACCCAUCCAGAGGUGGUGCAGAUGUUCCAGUCCAUUCCAAUCAAUCAGUAUGUGGACAUGGUUCUUUGCCGUGGGUACCCGCUUCCUCCAGAUGUGGAUCUAGAUAGUGAUGACCCUCUUCCACCGCCUCCUCUACCACCGACCACUGAGCCCCAGCAGGCCCUGCAUGGUGGAGAGGUGGUGACAGCGGUGCCCCUUAUCAACGGACAACCGCUUCUCGUGAAAGGGGAUGUCCUCCACGGCUCCUCUCAGGAGCUCCACUACGUCACGAUGGAUGCCAGUGGCCGACCAGUCGUGGCAGCCAUGCCCAAUGGGAGGCAGGGGGAGCGCGGAGAGGUGGCUGCUGCGAUGCUGCAACCAGAACUGGUGAGCGUGCCACUGGUCAAGGGGCCUGGAGGAUUCGGGUUCGCCAUAGCUGAUUGCCCACUGGGCCAGAAGGUAAAAAUGAUCCUGGAUGCCCAGUGGUGUCGUGGCCUGCAGAAAGGAGAUGUCAUCAAGGAGAUUAACAGAGAAAAUGUCCAAACACUGAGCCAUGCCCAAGUGGUGGAUAUUCUCAAGGACUUACCAGUGGGAAGUGAGGUCAACGUGCUAGUGCUACGAGGAGUGCCCAUGGGAAGUGAGGUCAGCGUGCUGAUACUGACAGGAGGUCAAACAUCUCCUGUGAAGAGUCUAAAGCCUAGACAGGAAAUGACAGCCAGCACAGAGACUUUGGACAUUACAACGGACUCAGCCCCGCAGGCCCUGCCUUACCACUCCAACACAAGCACCCUACGCUCUGCUGACUCCCCCAAACGAGAUGCCACAGAGAUGUACCUGAAGUCCAAAGCCCUGCUGGAGAGCAGACAGCCUCACACCAAAGACAUUGAUGUUUUUCUAAAGAGAGACAUUGAAACAGGCUUUGGCUUCCGUGUUCUGGGAGGAGAAGGUCCGCAACAGCCAAAUGUCUUUCCCCAGGUGUAUAUUGGGGCCAUUGUGCCCAGUGGAGCUGCCGAGAAGGACGGUCGUCUGAGAGCAGGAGAUGAGCUUAUUGGCAUCGAUGGUGUGAUGGUGAAAGGUCGUUCGCACAAGCAGGUGCUGGAUCUGAUGACAAACGCUGCCCGCAAUGGUCAAGUUAUGUUGACUGUACGGAGGAAGGUCAUCUACAGAGAAGCGACGGAGGAAGAGGCUCAGGAAAUGACUCCAGUGCUGGUGAAUGGUUCUCCCAAGCUACCUCGCCUACCGAUGCCCAGCGCUCUGGACCACGAGUCUUUUGACAUCACACUCCACCGUAAAGACACUGAAGGCUUUGGUUUUGUCAUCCUCACUUCCAAGAGUAAACCACCGUAUGGAGUUAUACCACACAAAAUUGGCCGAAUCAUUGAGGGCAGCCCCACCGACCGCUGUGGCCUGCUGCAUGUCGGAGAUCGUAUCUCAGCGGUCAACGGGCGCUCCAUCAUCGAGCUCUCUCACAAUGACAUUGUGCAGCUUAUCAAGGACGCUGGCAAUGUUGUCACCCUCACUGUGGUUCCUGAGGAUGAAUACAAGGGCCCUCCAUCUGGAGCCAGUUCAGCUAAACAGAGUCCAGCCCUGCAGCACAGAGCCAUGGGUCAAAGGUCAGCACAGCAGGAUGAACGUUAUAAUCUUGAUGUGGAGGAGAAAAGGGAGGGAGUCAACUGGUCUGACAACAAAACUCUCCCACUGAGUGAGCAGGGAACACUGUGUGUGACAGGACCCAACCAGGGUUGCCUGACAGUGGAGUUAGAAAGGGGUCCCAGGGGUUUUGGCUUUAGUCUGCGAGGGGGAACAGAGUACAACAUGGGCCUGUACAUUCUGAGACUGGCUGAGGAUGGUCCUGCUCAGCUGGACGGAAGGAUCCAUGUGGGAGAUGAGAUAGUCGAGAUUAACGGGGAGCCGGCGCGCGGCAUUUCUCAUACACGCGCUAUUGAACUGAUCCAGGCUGGAGGAAACAAAGUGGUACUGCUGCUACGACCUGGGGCAGGCCUGGCUCAAGAUGGCAGUCAACAUGAUCAAAAACUCAUUUCACCCACAAGCUAUUCCAGAGAGGUGUUUUUCUCUGAUACGUCACCCUUGUCCUCUCCAUAUCCCACUGGGGCUUCCAUCCUCAUUUCUUCUACCUUCUCCAGCAAACUUAAACAUUCCCACAGCUGCGGCACCAUAUCCCCAAAAGGCCUCAAGCCCUGCAGGAGCAGGGCUUUAAGCUCAGUGGAGGAGAGUGGUGAGUGGGCAAACAAGAAGGCAGAAAGGGUGUCUACCAUCUCCCUUGAGCAUAUGAAAUUUUACAAGAGGACCAGACCCACAAAAGACUCCAGAGAGCUAAGCAGCCCAAAGAAAACAGGGGAGACAUUUCCUAAAGCCAAAGAGCAACAUCACACUCCCAAAAAGACUGAGAGUUGGGCACAGGAAGAAACACAGAGCAAAAACAGGACGCCGCAGACACAGUCACAAACACAAUCCACAAGCCCUAGGAAGUCUCCUCAAGCUGGACAGCAAGUGGCUGCAAGCCUGCAGCGCGCACAGCAUCAACAUGACCCUCAAAGGAGAUUAAAACACUCUUCCAGUGGGGAGAGCUUGGAUCAUGAAAAGAAAAAUGGCAAAGGGGGGAAUCUUGAGAUCAGACGAUACACACAAGGACGGGAGAUGGAAAGGAGAGGAGAGAGGACCAGGCCUGGCCGAGAGCAAGAAAGUUUUAAAAGAAGGGUGGCAGAAGAGUCUCUGCUCCAAAGGACAUCUGCUCAAAAAGUAAAAGAGAGUGAGAAAGGUAAAGACUCUAGGCAGAGAGAUUCUAAUGGGAAAUCCACAGAACCCAGGAAUACAAGUAAAGAAACUCUCAACAAAAGAGAUUCUCUGUUGUCUUUUAAAGAUAUAUGGAGUAGAAAAGUUUCUGUAGUUUUGCCAAGAGAAGUUAAAGGAAGAGAAGACACAUUUUCUUACUCCAAAGAAGUCAGUAGUAAGGAAGGCACUGUGGCCUCUAUAAACAGUAUUCCAUUGACUACGCAGAGUGCAAAGGGACCUCUCAGCCCCGGCCCUUGGAAAGUGCCCAGCUCAGCCAAAAUCCUCUCCCACGCAGAGGUCUUUCAUGACCCCGUGUGAUCGAAUAUUGAAUCAGCCAGACUUGAGCUGUGUCAUGGAAUAUUUAACAACACCCUCAGUGGAUUGUUUUUCUGAGUUCUUCCAUAAAACAGAGAAGUGAAACAUGGUGCGAGAUUUGUCUUUUAACAAAGUCCUUCUUGGGAGUCCUGUGACAUCACGUGUGGCAUGUAGCAGCUCCCCUCUGCCUUGUCCAGUGCUUCAGCAUCUUUGAUAUGGGACUUAACCAUGUGCGGCAUGCUCGGGGCCUUGCCAGACAAGACAUUUUUAAAUGUGAAUAUGUGCCAAUCCUGGGAGCCUCCUGUGGAACAACAACUACCAACAGCACUUCACCCGUUAAAAUGCAAUGACCCAUAUGCAAAGAAAAGGAGAUAGGCCCUUGCCUCUCGCCUGUAGGAUACACCACAUGUGACUGUCAUCUAGGGUUUAAUUUUGCUCUUGGUCUCAUUGUGGAAUACUUUGACUUGUCUUUUUCUUAAAAGUUUGCUCAACUGCAUGCAGUCGGUCCUUCUGUUUGUUUUACUGCACGUGUUCUGCACAUCACUGAGGAUGAUCCUGUUUCUUAUUUAUAAAUAUUAUUAUUCUGAACACCAGGCAAAUUUCUAAUACAACAGCAAGCGUUCACUUUACCGGGGACUUAAGACUGUUCUGUGGUUAUAGACAUGAUUCUCAUACAAACAGUAUCAUUAAAAAGACCAGAAACUUGUGGUUUGAGGACUUGUUUACUAUGUGUAUGAUAACCAACCUGUGUGUAAUUUAUUGCGAUAAUAGAUUAACAUGUGUAUAUGUAGCUGUACCAAGCCAUUCCACAUUUUGAUAUAGACUUCAAAGAUUUGUCCCAUGUUAUUUGAGCUUUCACCAAACUCCCAGUGUACUUAAGUGGUAGAAAUUACCAUGAAUCUUGUAGUUCAUGAAAUGUAUAGGCAAACUGCUGUACCAAAUGUUUGCAAUCGCUCAAAAUGUGUCUCAUUGUGAAAUACAACAUAUAUAUAUAUAUAUAUGUAUAUAUAAUAUAUAUAUAUAUAUAUAUAUAUAUGAUUCUAACUCUUUAAAUAUCUAUGGAAAUCCAUGCACUGCAUCUGCCCUUGUAGCAUAACAGAAUGAUGAGUUCUGUUUAAUUUGUGAUGUUGGCUAGCUACAAAUGCAUUACAUUUUAUUAUUAUUUUAUAAUGCUAUUUCAUUUUUCCUCAAAUAAUCACUGUUCAAGGCCAGAACGGCAAUUUAUAUGAUACUGUCAUGCUCCUGAUAGUUUUACCUUUUCCUACUGAAAAAAAAACCCACAAAAAAAACAAGGGAUUUAAAUGUGUAUAAUUGUCAAUCCUGCUGUGUGAUGUGACAGCUUGAAGGAUAAGGGGGCUUAGAGGGUGAUGUGGUGGGUUCAUGAAAUAUUGAGCAUGCUGCUGAUGUAAGACAGGUAGACAGAGAUCCCACCUUCUUACAUCUUUUGAUUGUAGCUGAGCCAACCGAUGGAUAUGGUUUCAAACAUGGGGUCAGUGAAAACGAGAAAAAGUCUAAUUUCACUGUUACUUUACAACAUUUUUGAAGCUUCUGCUGUAAAAUCAGAGAAAAUUAAAUGUACGCAACAUACCUGCUAAAACAAUUUAGCAGAUUAAGCAUAUUCAGAUGAGCUCAGGGAAUGCAGUAUAGUAGCAAAGGUGUGAUAAAGUCCAUAUCAGUGACAGUCAAAUGGUGGUUAAGGUUUGUGACUGACUGUGAUAAAAGUUUGUGAUUUUAUAAGGGAGUUUUCAGGUUAAAGAUUACUAGAUGGGGCGCUAUGAGCCAGUCAGUGAUAGGUUUGUGCAAUAGCUUGGUUGGUUGAAUGAAAAAAUAUCCAACCCUGAGUGUCAGGUAAAGGCAAUGCAGUGUGGUGAAUCAAAUAAUGCUCUUUUAUUCUGUGUCCCCUGCACUAUUGUCCUCAUUUAUACUUUUGUUUUGACCAUUUUGUAUCUCAUCUCUGUAUUAUACUGUGGCCUUGCAUUGCUUCAUUUUAAAAACAAUCCUUGUGGUAUCUUCUACAUUCUGUAGGAACAGUAGAUGUAAAUGUUUGUACAUUGUACAGCACCUUUAUAAAUACUUGCUGAGUGCUCUUUCUGGGGGAAAAACAGAGGUAUAUUAAAUCGCUCCAUUAUUUUUUUAUGUAAAAAAAACAAGAGAAAAUAUUUAAAAAUGGAUGACGAAGGAUAGAUUAUGACCUUGACAUGGUGUUCCGUUCAUGCACUGAAAAAUAAAAUUUUACUGAAAACACCUUCUGGAUCUCGUGUACUAAAAAUAAAAUGCAUUUUAACCAUUUAA